AUGGAAGAGGUUGUGUUGUGUCCGCAGCUGCCCAGUGGGAACCCUGUUUUCGAGAGCUUCUACAGACAGGUGGACCCUGGGAACUUGGGCAAGGUGGGUCCCACUGAAGCUGCUCUCUUCCUGAAGAAGUCUGGCCUACCUGACGUCACUCUGGGAAAGAUCUGGGAUUUGGCCGAUCCGGAUGGAAAAGGUUAUCUGGACAAACAGGGCUUCUACGUGGCUCUGCGCCUGGUGGCCUGUGCACAGAGCGGCCAGGAAGUUGCGCUGUCCAGUUUAAGCCUUAAUGUCCCACCUCCUAAAUUUAAGGACAGCAGCAGUCCAUGUUUGGGCAGCGUGGCUCCGGGCGCUGGAGAGCAGCAUUGGGCUGUCAGGGCAGAGGAAAGGAGUAAGUUUGACGGCAUCUUCGAGAGCUUGGCCCCAGUGAACGGACUCCUGUCUGGAGAUAAGGUCAAACCAGUGCUCAUCAACUCCAAGCUUCCCCUGGACAUCUUAGGCAAGGUUUGGGACCUCAGCGACAUCGACAAAGAUGGACACUUGGACAGAGAUGAAUUUGCAGUGGCCAUGUACUUGGUGUACCGCGCCCUGGAGAAGGAGCCCGUCCCAUCAGCGCUGCCCCCCUCGCUGCUUCCUCCAUCCAAGAGGAAAAAGAGCCUGGUGUCUGUGCCUGCCCUGCCCGCCAGCCCCCCACCCCCCAAAGACUCCCUGAGGUCUACCCCCUCCCAUGGCAGCAUGACGUCACUCAACAGCACGGGCAGCCUGUCCCCCAAGCACUCGCUCAAGUCAGCGCAGCAGGCGGUAAACUGGGUGGUGCCCGUGUCGGAGCGUGGACGUUAUGACGACAUCUUCCUGAAGACAGACGCCGACAUGGAUGGCUUUGUGAGCGGCCUGGAGGUCAAGGACAUCUUCAUGCAAAUAUCCCUGUCCAACCAACUCGGAAAAUCCCUGUCGUAA